AUGUCUGGCCGAGGGAAGAAAGCUGCACCUAAGCCAACAGCUAAAGUAUCCCGGUCUGUCAGAGCCGGGGUCACUUUCCCAGUGGGCCGAAUCCAGAGGUUGCUGAAAAAAGGCAACUAUGCAGAGCGAGUUGGCACCGGCGCUGGAGUUUACCUCGCAGCGGUCCUGGAGUACCUCUGCGCUGAAGUCAUAGAACUGGCAGGAAAUGCUGCCCGUGUCAACAAGAAGCAGCGCAUCGCUCCUCGUCACAUCUUGUUGGCGGUGAAAAACGAUGAGGAGCUCAACAUACUGCUGGCAGGGAUCACGAUAUCAGAGGGCGGUGUCCUCCCAAAUAUCCAUGCCAGCCUUCUCCCCAAGAAGACCAAAGGCCCCAGGGAUGACGGUUCUGCAAAGGAUGUUGAGUCUCAAGAGUUUUAA